AUGAGCGACUUCCAGACCCAGACGUUUGGUCUUUUUGCGGAGCCUGCAUCGGGGCCUGCUCAAAGCAAACGGUCUCUAGAUAGCAGUGUGAAACUGAUGCUACCAACUCGACAAUGGAGUAAGAUUAUCGUUGACUUCUCGUUGGUGCAACUGGGCUGGGUUCAUUGCGCUGUGGAUGAAGCUAUAUUCAUGAAGGAGCACGAUGAAUUUUGGCAGAGUCUGGUCGAAGAUAAACAGGAAUGCUUGACAAAUCAUGGCUGGAUUGCAGUAUAUUUGAGUAUACUCGCUGUCGGGGCGUACUUUAUCAAUGAGGCGGAAAUACACGAUAUACAGCUUCUCUACGAAAGCUUCUCUAGUCAACCCCCUCCAGAUGUCUUGUUGCGGGGCAAGAGCCCGGCAGGAUUGUGUCGUACUUGGUAUGAAGCUGCGUUGAGGGAGCUUGAUCUCGCCGACUUUACUCGCAAACCCGCCUUAUCAACCAUUCAGACGGUCGCUAUCCUAAAUAUUGUCCACAAAAAUCUGGGCGAAUCGAGUCGAGAGUAUAUCCUCCAUGGUAUGGCGGUGAAUAUCGCCAGGCUCAUUGGGAUUGAUCAUCUUGGAAAAGAGAAAAGGAGGACAGCGAUUAAAGACCCAAACAGGGCCCAAAGAGUAAUCCAUCGAAGACUCUGGUGGACUUUGGUAAUCUGUGACUGGAUGACGAUCGGGUCGCGUCCAAUAUCAAUCCAUCCCGGUUCAUUCACGACCAUGCUAGAGACCGAGGAUGAAACUAGCGAUUCUCCCUCACCAUUCGAGUACCACAAAGUCAUGGCCCGAAUUGCAGCCAUGAUCCGCAGCCAAGUCACUUCAGUCAGAGGUUGGAGUCCAGCGAUACUGCAAGCAUCCUUUGAGGACCUCGACCGCGUCCUUGACUCUUUUCCAAUACAUCUUCGGUGCCACGAAUCUGCAAAUAACUUCAACCAUGAUCUUCAUGACGACAAUAACGAGCCGUAUUGGAACACACUUCAACGGAAUCUAGCCCUCAACUGUGUUGACUCCUGGCGGAUAAGUCUCUAUGUUGCCAAGAUACCUCAAAUGCUAGAUACCCUCGAACCAACCAAGCAUGCGGAUUUCUCCAAUGGCGUCCCAGUUGCGAGGCGAAUUCUGAACAGGAUAUACAAUAACCCAAAUCUGCGCCUUCUCAAGUUUUGGGCCGCUAACUCGGCUAUUAUUUCAGCGGGGAUCUUCCUCGCUCUCGAUAUUAUUUGCUUUCAACAAUAUCGGCCAGCAACUGAGGUAGCGAGAGAGAAGGAAAUGGUUGCAUUAAGUUUCAAAAUGCUUGAACAAUCGUCGGCGGAGACACGUCACGGUGGACUGCUAGUCCUGAGGCGACUAUCACAUCUAUAUGAAAUCGUGCUUCCGGCCCUGUUCCGCAAAAUUGAUAGGAACGCACUAGCAAGAAUACUCAAACUCGUGGCUGUUCCCAGAUUAUGGGAUUCCCUUCCAGAUUCAGAUGCGACUAUGCGAUUUGUCUUCCAGGACUCACAGUCCACUAGCGAGGGGGACAUUAGCGCUCAUCGCGUUUACUCUCAGUCCCUCACAUCUCCUUCUACACCUUAUCCGAUUCAACAUGAGAUAUAUGGUGCCGUUCCGCAAGGAGAGACACUUGAUGUUUGGGACCCUUUCCCGAUGUUAGGAGAAGAGGAAAUGAUACCUUAUUUGGGUCAGUUCUUUCCGGCCGCGGAUUUGAUCGAUGCAUUAUCCGAUCAUCGAGGCGAACUUCUUGGGUGA